GAAAGAGUACGGGUAUACGUUUCGUGCCGGUAUAUCAUGGAUAUGCGAUUAUGACAACACCAGUCCAGGCUGUGACUUUCUAUUUGUUAAAUCUGCUCCCCUGUGCUGUCUCUGGUCGGUCAGUGCCUCUUUCAUUAAAACGAUUCUUAGCCACAUGCAAAUUGCCCAAAACCCAACCUUAAUGAGGUAUCGUUAGUUUGGAUUCUUCUAGGCCCAAUGAGUCCUCAAGUCGGACCAGGAGAGCUACAACGUCACAACCAUGCAAGUAUUACCGUGGGAAUCUGCUACAGCUACGUUGUCGUAGACCUUUAAUAAAAGCGACAUGUCAGGUUUCCUGGGGAAGAAAAACAUACAUAAUGCUGUCGCAACCCCAGCCCGGGCCGGGUCACAACCGAUGGCCCGAGACAAGAGACAAUUCGUCUUUAGUACGUGUGCUGCCAUCUUUCGUGAGUCGGUUGAACUAAGGAUGGUAAAUUUAGCGGUUGCGAAAAUCGUAAGAUUUUGCAUUACAGCAAUAACUGCAACAAGAAUAUAUCUGUCGCUUAGAUUUAGAUUUUGUUAAAUUUCCUUUUUAUCCUGCCAUUGUAAUGAAAGAAAUUGAUCAAAGAAUGUGGUUUGAGUUUUCCAAUUUUUCCACACGAAGUUCUAAUGCAUUGACGUAGGCCUAUAUACAGGGUGGAACAAGGAAACCCUGUUCCAGAUGAGGGUGACAGUAGCUGCAUUCGCAUCAUGACCACAGACUGGACACCCCAGACUAACUGUGUGGAGAGACCCUGAGGGGGCACUCAGGGUCCCAAAAAGGGGUACAUGCACAUCUCCGUCAUCUGUAUCCAUUAUAAUAUUCCAUGUCGCAGGCCGCUGCGGGAUUAAUCGGGCCAGGGAAGGAGGUAUGAGAAGGGAAGGACUGGGAGUUAAAUACCCCUUCUUCUCUAUCGUAAUACCCCUCCAAUAGCUAGAGCACUACACUCUGUUGUAGCCGAGUCGUUGAGUGAUUGUAGGAUAAUGUCUCUGACCCCUGAUUGAUUAAAUAAUUGAGCUCAUCUCGGCUCUGAUUGAUAGGCUUGUGAAAGCAAGCUUUUGUUACAGAAGGGUCCGAUCUAUUUUGAGCCUUGAUUGCCAGGAUUGGCUUGGUAUUUUCUAUGAUAGUGUCAAAGUCAUCACGGUUAGUUCAAACAAAACUUUAAACUAUUUACUAUAGGCCUAAAUUGUUCCUCACUUUAUAUGACACAUGAUGACGACAUUAAAAGAUGAAAGAAACUAGGUCGAGUGUGGUCCGACUCCGGCCCCAUGGCCAUGGGCUCCGGCCUUGUAGAAAAGAGAAUGUGACAACCAAUAAGAGCAUCAUGGAUGAGGACAACAAGCCACGGCCUGGGAGGAAUCGUGGCAGUGCCAGCGGGCAGAAAGAGAACUCUAAGCCUGCAACGCCACAACAAGAUGUCAAGGAAACCCCGGCUAAUGGUGCAAAGAAUCCUGUGAAAAAAGGAGGUGCACGACCAAAGACCUCUUCCGGUAAAAAGAAGAACAACGGCAGCCUGGCUGAGGCUAAGAAGGUCGGACGUCAGAUGAGGUCAGCAAAGAAGAAUGCGAAUUUGGUCGGAAAGUUUCAGAGUCUGUCUUUGGACAGUCGACAGCAUGUUCCAACUGGGACAAGUUUGGCGUAUGAUGAGAAGAUGGCUGAGCAUUGCUGUCUUUGGGAUAAGCAGUAUAUAGAGAACCCUGAACGAUUGCUCAAGACCUGGGAGCGAAUCUGCCAUUACAAACUACAGGAUAGGUGUGUAAUGGUUAAGCCGUCAGAUGUCUCAGACCAAGACCUAUACUCCGUCCACAGUCAAGAGUAUGUCGAUUUGAUAAAGAGUACUGCAACAAUGGAAGAAAAUCAACUUGCCGAUUUAUCUUCGAAGUAUGACUCAGUCUUCCUUCAUCAGAAAACAUUCCCCUGUGGUGAGUUAGCGGUUGGCUUCACGCAACAGAUCAUUGAGGAUGUGGUGGGAGGGAAAACAAGGAAUGGCAUGGCGAUCAUCCGACCACCUGGACACCAUGCUCAACAGAAUGAACCUAAUGGAUUUUGUGUGUUUAACAAUGUGGCUUUGGGGGCCAGGUAUGCCAGGCAGACACUCGGUGUAACAAGGAUUUUGAUUGUUGACUGGGAUGUGCACCAUGGCCAAGGGACGCAGCGUGAAUUCUAUGAUGACCCAAACAUCCUGUAUUUUUCCAUCCAUCGUUAUGAAAAUGGCACAUUCUGGCCGAACCUACGUGAAUCCAAUUAUGAUUUUAUUGGGGAAGGACGAGGCAAAGGUUACAACAUAAACGUCCCUCUUAAUCAGAUCGGUGUAGGAAAUAGUGAAUACCUUGCUAUAUUCCAACAAGUGCUUCUCCCAAUAGCUUACCAGUUUAAUCCUGAGCUUGUUUUAGUGUCAGCCGGCUAUGACGCAGCCCUUGGUUGCCCUGAGUUCAGACCCGAGAUAGUUUUGGUAUCAGCAGGCUAUGAUUCUGCUCUUGGUGAUGAAAAGGGGAUGAUGAAGGUUACGCCAGCAUUCUAUGCUCAUCUGACCCACAUGCUAAUGGGACUGGCCGAUGGAAAAGUCUGUGUUUUCCUGGAGGGUGGUUACUGUCUGAAGUCGUUAUCAGAAGGUGCUGCACUGACCUUGCGGACACUACUUGGUGAUCCUUGUCCAAGUGUUGGGCCUUUGAAGCAACCAGAACGCAGUGUGGUCAACACCAUACUGAACUGCAUCAAGGCUCUGCGGCCAUAUUGGAACUGUUUACGUUACCAAGGAAACCUUGACCCUGGUCAGCCAAGUGAGGUAGAGGACAUUUUCCAUACACAUGAAGACGAAGAGAAACCAGACAGAUACAAGCUGACGAACUGCUACCCCGUCCUGCCAAAAGAGACCAACAUGUUCUUAGACUGGCAGUUGGAGCAGCUUGUCAAAGAGACGAACCUGGCAGUGCCGCCAGACAGAACGUGCCUUGUUUACGACGAAGCCAUGAGGAAACAUAGGAACGCAGUGUAUAAUGGCCACCCUGAACGUCCAGAUCGUAUUUCUCGAAUCUUUGACAAACACGAAGAAUACAAGUUAUUGGAUCGGGUGGUGCAACUUAAGUCCAGAUCUGCUACCACGGAAGAGCUAGAGCUGGUGCACAGACUCGCCUACAUCGAAGAAAUACAGUGCAUGAAAAACAUGAAACCUAGAGACCUCAUUGACCUUGAGGAUAGGUACAACUCCGUAUAUCUUUCACAGGAUGCUCAUGAAUGUGCUAGUCUAGCUGCCGGCUCCCUGCUAAAUGUGGUAGACCACGUCCUGACCGGUCAGUGCCAGAAUGGCCUGGGCAUCAUCAGACCUCCUGGGCACCAUGCGGAAUCGAGUAAAGCUUGUGGAUUCUGUUUCUUUAACUCUGUGGCAGUGGCAGCGAGAUAUGCUCAGAAAAAGUACAAUUUAGAAAGGGUUCUGAUCCUUGAUUGGGACAUCCAUCACGGAAAUGGUACCCAGCACAUGUUUGAGGAAGACCCCUCCGUCCUUUACAUGUCCAUCCACAGGUACGAGUAUGGCUUCUUCUUCCCUAGUGGUCUGGAUGGAGACUACGUCAAGGUCGGCCGAGGUCCGGGCGAGGGCUUCAACGUGAAUAUACCCUGGAAUAAGCGUGGUGCUGGUGACCCGGAGUACCUGGCUGCCUUCCAACAGGUCAUAAUGCCAAUAGCUUAUGAGUUCGAUCCAGAACUUGUGCUGGUGUCAGCUGGUUUUGAUGCAGCCCGUGGUGACCCACUUGGAGGCUGUAACGUCACACCAGAGGGCUAUGCCCACAUGACACAUAUGCUAUCAUCCCUCGCAAAUGGAAAAGUCUUAUUAGCAUUAGAGGGCGGCUACAACUUGACGUCAAUAUCCGAGUCGAUGGCCAUGUGUACCCACACCCUCCUGGGCGAUCCUUGCCCGCCUCUCAACUUGGAACACCGGCCAAGUGAUAUACACGUUGAGUCCAUUUGCAAUGUCCAAGAUGCACACUCAAAAUAUUGGACAUGCUUGCAAUACAGGGUGGAUCUUCCUGCUCCAAUCAAACACCGCAGUGCCAAGUCUGAGUUGGGUGAUGACAGUUUGACUGAUGAAGCCAGCACCACAGACACAGAUUCAAAUGUUACAGAAAGAAGUUCUACGGCUGGUGACACAAGCACUCACACUGAGGAAUCAUUCCAGAUGGAAGGUUUGAUUACAGAUAUGUCAAAGGUCUCCGUGGAAGACAAUAUGAAACAAGAGGGAAGUACAAGCGGGUCACUGGAUAUAUCCAAACCACUUCAGCCAGGGUCGGCAGAUACAUCUCCCGAGGUGGAGUCUCUUGAGGAUGAGGCCGGGGCUUGUGGUGGUGUGACCGGACAGACCACUGUGGGUGAACUUUUAGGAGGUAUCAGUGAUGACCCAAAUGCUCAUAUGUUUGCUGUGAUGCCGCGUCCUUGGUGUCCCCAUCUGUCCAUGAUAGGUCCACUCCCAGACAAGGGUCUCGAUGCCAAUGCCCCGUGUCUCGACUGUGAGGCCGUUGGUGAGAAUUGGGUGUGUUUGAUCUGUUAUAAGGUGUAUUGCAGUCGUUAUGUGAAUGAGCACAUGUUGUUCCAUGGCAUUGCCACAGAACAUCCUCUCGUGUUGAGCUAUGCUGAUCUCAGUAUCUGGUGCUAUGCCUGCAAUGACUACAUUCAUAAUGAUGCCCUCCUUCCAGCUAAGCAGUCUGCACACCUGAGCAAGUUUGGACAUCUAUGAUGAUGGAUCUGGUCGCUUUUAUAUGUAGAUAACGUAGACACAUACCAUAUGUUUUAUUUGUUAACCCCUUAGGAUAUACUAAAAUUUCAUCAAUUUUAUAUUUUGUCUGCUGCAAACGAAGAAAUAAAUUGUCCCAGGGUGUUCUCAAAUGUGGAGAGAGUGAAACAUUGUAUUCUUAUAUCCAGUAUAUCACAUUGUCAUCAGUUACCAGUAUACGGGUAACAAUUUUUAUCUCGUGGUCCAAGUUUCAUUUUAGACUAUAUGUAUAACCAAAAAUAAAAUUUGUCAGGAAGACUAUAUAUUUUUGCGUUAUUACUGCACCAGGUGAUUGUGAUUUAAGUAUAUUUGUUAUCUUUCAUAUUAUAUUGCGCUAAAUGGUAAACGAACACUAUAAUAUAUUUCAAUUGAUUAGAUUUGUGGAAUAACUGGAAUAGACACCCCUUGUGUGACAUUUUUACAUUUCAGGUUGAUGGUCAAUGUAAUUUUUUUUGAGUAAUUUAUUUUACUAAUGUGAAAAAUGAUAGCAAGGGUAAUAUAUUUGUCUCUCAGUAAUAGUAAGAAUUAAUAAAGACUAUAUCUUUAUUUAAUCCUGGUAAUAGCAAGCAGUGCCUAUCUUACAGUAUCAAUUCUGUUUCAUUAAACCUUGUUGCAAUUAAGAAAGAUCUGAAGUACAUGUAAUUUGGUCUUUCAAUCAGUCAGAUUAUGGACAGCUUCCAGCUAAAAGUCCUGUUCAAAUAAUGUGCCCUUCUAUCAAUACCGGUAGAUCCAAUGCCAUGUGAAUAUUUUUGUGUCUUUCUCUGAAGAACAUGUCCCUGUCCUUCUGUGACAUGUUGUGUUUGAUAAUACAUGUAUACAUGUAGUAGCAUUUUUGAGAACGCUCUGUUUUGAUCUGUCACAGGGCACAGUCAAAGUUGCACUGUGCACAGGGUAGUUUUGAACCACUUUUAGUUCUUCAAGUUUAGUUAGUUUAUGCAAGCUAAAUUCAUUGUGCAAUGAACAUUCUUUGGUAAUCACUGAUAUAUAUCUUGAAGUAGAUGUCCUAUACGUAUAACUUAUAACAGGAUGUGCACUACUUUAGUAAAUGUAGGUAAAAUACGUACCCUAGUGUCACCUAUGUAAGAUCACUUCAUUAAAAACUACUCCAAAUGCCAAGUCAGAAUAUGACAUCAUGAUCAUCAGAAAACUAGGUGUCACCAACCCAAUGUCUAUCCAAAUUGAACAUUUUGUGUGGCUUAAGACCACAGUUAUAUCUCCAGUUUCUUUAAUAUUCAGAAAUGGUCUUAGGUGAAACUCAUAUAUCUUUAAUAUUCAGAAAUGGUCUUAGGUGAAACUCAUAUAUCUUUAAUAUUCAGAAAUGGUCUUAAGUGAAACUCAUACAUGUAUAUCUUUAAUAUUCAGAAAUGAUCUUAGGUGAAACUCAUAUAUCUUUAAUAUUCAGAAAUGGUCUUAGGUGAAACUCAUAUAUCUUUAAUAUUCAGAAAUGGUCUUAGGUGAAACUCAUAUAUAGAUGUCCCUCCUUUUUGUUAUAAAUUAUAAAAAAAUGCUUUUUAGUAAUCUUGCUAUGCACUGGUAUCCUCACAUUUGAUCUGAAAAUCUUGAUUGUCGUAGUGCUUUGAUACAGCUUUGUAAAAACGAUAAUGUAUACCUGUAUAUUCUGAUACAAAAAAUA